UUGAUAGCGUGCACGACGUCACGCACACGGCACACGGGAGGACGAGCAGCAGCCGGCGGCGACGGUCAUGACGAUACGACACGAUUGAAUAACUCAAUAGCCGAUGUUCGGCGCACCGUAGACGACCGCUUUUCCGUCGGUCAGAAGACGAGACAGCUACUUGCCACCACCAUUCCGACCGCCGUCGAUUGUCGAACAAACGUACUCGCGCAAACCGGAAAUGUUCAAUUCCGUGAUGAAACGAUACGUGGUAUCGUGCGCGAAGCACAUCGCCGCGGUCCCGUCGCAAUCCAGGUGUUUGUCCACUAGUCCAGCCACUUGCAAGAGCAAUCAGCCCGCCGGCGACGCGGAAAACAAUGCCAACGAAGGUUGGCUAAAGAAAUUACUUGUCCGGCGGAUAGAGCCGACCAAAGAACAGCACUCCCGCAUGUUGUCCGACAAAGAAGUGAUAUAUGAAUUGCAAACGCACAACGUGCGGCCCGAUUCCAUCGAUGGCUAUUUGAAAAACUAUGAACAGGCUGUCCAGUUGUGUCAAAAAAUACCCAAUUUACAAUAUGAACUCAUUGGUUCUUGGUCUGUCCAUGUAGGUGAUUUAGACCAAUACGUACAUUUGUGGAAACAUCAAGGUGGUUAUGCAGCGAUUGAUAAAACCAAUGAUAUCUUAUUGAAUAACCAAGAAUACACAAAAUUAUGCAAUCAACGUGGACCAUUUUUGCGUUCUAGACAUUUACAAUACAUGUUAGCUUUCAGUUUUUGGCCUAAUAUUGAAUUUAAAUCAGGUUCUAAUAUAUAUGAGAUCCGUAGUUAUAGUUUGAAACCAGGUACUAUGAUAGAAUGGGGUAAUAACUGGGCGCGUGCAAUUAAUCACCGACGUUCAAACGAUGAGCCAUUUGCUGGCUUCUUUUCUCAAGUUGGUCGUCUCUAUAAUGUUCAUCAUUUUUGGUGUUAUAAAAACUUAGAAGUACGUACACAAACUAGACAAGCUGCUUGGAUGUCUCCAGGAUGGGAUGAGUGUGUUGCAUACACAGUACCAUUGAUUAAAGAAAUGCAAUCAAAAAUAUUACAUCCCACUUCAUUUUCGCCAACUCAGUAAAAUUACUUAAUAUUCUUACUAUGUUUCUCUUAAAAUAUGUUAAUCUAAUAUGUUGUUUUAUGGUUCUUUCCAUAUUUUUUGUCCCCAUUUGUUACACAUAUUUUUUAAUUUCAAUAAACCAAUUUUAAUUUAUAAU